ACCAACCUUUACAUUAAAAAUCUCGAUAGCUCUAUUACCAGUGACGACCUCAAGCCAUUGUUUAACAAAUUCGGUAAAAUUGUAUCUGCCAGAGUGAUGAGCAACCCUUUUACUGGUGUGUCAAAAGGAUAUGGGUUUGUGAGUUAUGGAAAGUCUGAAGAAGCCCGAGCUGCUCGUGACGAAAUGGACAACGUGAUGGUCCGUGGUAAGCCAUUGAUUGUGGCAUACCAUGAACCUAAAAAGGGGCGUCAACAACAACAACAACAA